GUGCUUUACCAAAACUGAGCGCCUCGAGCAGACUGACCCGCCCCCUCACAGGCAUUUAAACGCACUAAUUGGGCGGUCUUUUUUUCUUCUUCUUUUCUUGUAUCUAACACACCCACAUACAGGUUCCUUUCGAUUGUGAAUCUUUGGAGACCAGUUUUAAAAAUUGCGCGUUAGAAUGGCUCUCAGGCUGAUCAUCCUCUUGUCUUUGUGCUGUGUGAUACGCAGUCAAGAAACCGCAGAUCCAAUCUCACUGGAUGACUGCUGUAAGGAUGGUAGAGAGAAGGCCACAGAAUCCCAGGACUGCACACGUAUCCUUCUCAUUUCAGAAUCUACUACCUGCAGGAUAGCCCAAGAACAGUGCUGUGCAGCAGUACUGGAAGACAUCGCCUGUAAUAGUGGUAUCAGUAUGGCCAAAGACCAGGGCAGCUGUGAUGCUCUCCUAUCUGGAAACACCUGUGAGACUAAAACCGCUAAGGUGUGUUGCGAGUGUUGUUUACUAGGUCGGGAGGCUCAGAAGCUGGGUCUGACCUGUGACUUCAAACUCAGCUCCCAGUGUGGCUCUGUGUUUCAAUCCUGCUGUACAGGCAAAUCAGCAGAAAGUGGCAUCAACUCUACACAAGAGAACAGUGGUAUUGUUGGGGAGCAAUCAGGUUCAGGUGUACACUGCAAAGUUGGACCUGGGAACUGUGCUCACAGCUGUUUAGGAAAUAACGCCUGUGCCUGCUUUGCAGGCUAUAAGCUCAAACCUGAUGGGAAAAACUGUGAAGACAUUAAUGAGUGUUUGCUGGGCUCUCAUCACUGCAAUCCUGGUGAACGCUGUAUUAACACUCAGGGCUCGUACCGCUGCCAGAGGGAGGUCAGCUGUGGCACAGGCUAUGAGCUCACUGACAACAACAGCUGCAAAGAUAUUGAUGAGUGUGAGACAAACACUCAUAACUGUCCUCUGGAGUUUGAGUGCCAGAACACGCCGGGGUCAUUCCGCUGCCGGCCGAAGGUGCAAUGCCAUAUGGGAUUCAUACAGGAUGCUCUAGGCAGCUGCAUUGAUAUCAAUGAGUGUCUGAGUGUGACAGCACCAUGUCCAGCUGGUCAGGUGUGUUUGAACACUGUUGGCUCAUACACAUGCCAGAGGAACUCUGUUAACUGUGGCCGUGGAUACCACCUUAAUGCUGAGGGCACACGUUGCGUGGAUAUUGAUGAGUGUGCUGGUACAGAUGAUGUGUGUGCUGGUCACAGCUGCGUUAACCUUGUGGGCUCUUACCGCUGUGAAUGCAAAGCUGGUUUUAACUUUAACAGCAUCACCAGGGUCUGUGAGGAUAUUAAUGAAUGCCGGCACUAUCCUGGUCGCCUGUGUGCACAUAAGUGUGACAAUAUCAUAGGGUCCUACAAAUGCAGCUGCACCACAGGUUUCAAGUUAGCCAGUGAUGGCAGGAACUGUAAUGACCUCAAUGAGUGUGAGAGCAGUCCCUGCAGUCAAGAGUGUGCCAACGUUUACGGCUCCUACCAGUGCUACUGCCGCCGAGGCUACCAACUGAGUGAUGUGGAUGGAUCUACGUGUGAAGAUAUUGAUGAGUGUGCUUUGCCUACUGGAGGGCACAUCUGUUCCUACCGUUGCCACAACACACCAGGCAGCUUCCACUGCACAUGUCCCACCGAUGGCUACACGCUUGCCCCUAAUGGACGCAGCUGCCAGGAUAUUGAUGAGUGUGUGACAGGGACACACACUUGCUCGGAGACGGAGAGUUGCUUUAACGUUCAAGGAGGAUUCAAAUGUCUGAAUUUCGAUUGUCCUCCCAACUACAGGCGCUCAAGUGAAACCAGACCAAGGGUUGAUCGCUCUGACAUCAUCCGUUGUAUAAAGUCCUGUCAACCCAAUGAUAUCACCUGUGUGCUGGACCCUGUUCACUCUGUCUCACACACUGUCAUCUCUCUGCCAACAUUUAGAGAGUUCACUAAACCAGAAGAAAUUGUUUUCCUGAGAUCCAUAACCCCAUCCCACUAUCCACAUAUGGAUACCCCAGAGAUCGUCUAUGACAUUCAAGAGGGAAACAUCCAGAACUCGUUUGACAUCAUUAAACGUUUUGAACAUGGCAUGAUUGUGGGUGUUGUCAGACAGGUGAAGCCCCUGGUUGGACCUUUGAGCACAGUUCUGAAGCUAGCCAUGAAUUAUGUCACAAAUGGAGUCAUCUCUCAUCGGAAUAUCAUCAAAGUUCACAUCUAUGUCUCUGAAUUCUGGUUUUAAAUAGAUUACACCUAGCUAUCAUUUAGAUGUCUAUUUUUGAGCCUUAACUAUGCACUCUAAAAUUGUCAAAAUGCUUGCAUGCCACAAGAUAAUACAGAGUAUAAUAAUAAUAGGUAAACCUUUAUUUUGAUAAUCUAGUUUAGACUGUCUAUAAACUGUCAUGAAGCAGCAUAACAUAUCUAUAUUUCAACAGCAUGUCAUAAACAAUAGCAAUAGAGUCCACUGGAUUCAGAGUGACUGGAUCUGAAAUUGUGUAAGAACUAGAGAUGAGUUGCUAAUCAUCAGAUGAUCUAAACAUCAUCAACCAUAUAUUGGAUUAACCAGAUAAAAUUAAAGCAAAUGUGAUAGUCUAUACAGUGUUUAUAGAUUAUCUACUAAACAUUAACAAGCAUAAACUCGUCUCUUUGUUGAGAAUUUGUUGAUAGCCUCAUUCUUCACACUCAGUCUGCAAACCAGUCAUUUGUCACAGAUUUGUAUAAAUUUGUCUUACUCAGUCUUCAGAUGGUCACCACUUAUUUUUACAUACAUUUUUACAAAAUGCUGUUUUUUUUUUUUGUUUUUUUUUGGUUGCUAUUUUUUAUUAUAUUUUUUCAUGUUUCUCAUUAUGUUGAAUUAAUUAUCAUUCAGUCAUUCAUUCAUUUUCAUUAACCAUUUUUAUCCUGGUCUGGGUCAAGGUACAGUGGUGCUUGAAAGUUUGUGAACCCUUUAGAAUGUUCUACAUUUCUGCAUAAAUAUGACCUAAAACAUCAUCAGUUUUUUACAAAAGUCCUAAAAGAAGAUAAAGAGAGCCCAGUUAAACAAAUGAGACAAAAAUAGUAUACUUUUUCAUUUAUUUAUUGAGGAAAAUGAAAUAUUACAUAUUUGUGAGUGGCAAAAGUAUGUAAACCUCUGGGAUUAGCAGUUUAAUUUGAAGGUGAAAUUAGAAUCACGUGCUUUCAAUCAGUGGGAUGACAAUCAAGUGUGAGUGAGUGCCAUGUUUAAUUUAAAGAACAGGAAUCUAUAAAGUCUGAUCUUCACAACACAUAUUUGCUGCAUCUGGGCCAGAAUGGUUUGACAUCAUUAAUGGAACAAUGAUUUCUGAAUUAUAUAUAUUUCUGAAUUAUACCAAGGAAAAUGUCAGGACAUCUGUAAGUGAACUGAAUCUCAAGAGAAAGUGGGUCAUGCUGCAAGACAACGACCCUAAGCACACAAAUCGUUCUACCAAAGAAUCACCAACAUCCCGGAGUUGAAGCUGCUCUGUACUGAGGAACGGGCUAAAAUUCCUCCAAGUCGAUGUGCAGGACUGAUCAACAGUUACAUGGAAACAUUUUGUUGCCAUUAUUGCUGCACAAGGGAGUCACAUCAGAUACUGAAAGCAAAGGUUCACAUAUUUUUGCCACUCACAGAUAUGUAAUAUUUUAAGAUUUUCCUCAAUAUAUAAAUGACCAAAUAUCACAUUUUUGUCUCUUUCGUUUAAUUGGGUUCUCUUGAUCUACUUUUAGGACUUUUUAGGUAUGAAAAUCUGAUGAUGUUUUAGGUCAUAUUUAUGCAGAUAUGUAGAACAUUCUAAAGGGUUCACAAACUUUCAAGCACCAUUGUAGAUACAGAGCCUAUCCCAGGAACACUGAGUGCAAGGCAGCACACUGAAUGGCACACCAGUCCACUGCAGGUCACUAUGCACAAACUUUCACAAACUCAUUCACGCCGAGGGGCAAUUUAACAUAGCGAAUUCACUGCCAGAGAAACCAGAGGAUAUGUACAUGGAUAUGGGGAGAAGAUGUGAAACUUUGCACAGAUAGUAACCAGAGCUCAGGAUCAAACUGUCACCCUAUAAUUAUUAUUAUUAUUAUUAUUAUUAUUAUUAGUAGUAGUAGUAGUAGUAGUAGUAGUAGUAGUAUUAAAUUCAUAAUGCAUCCAUUUUUUGCAUCUGUUUUGGGGAAUUAGACUGAGACAUUGGAAGUUAAAGCUUGUUUUUGAGGCAGGUGGACCCAUAAUGCUAUUGUAUGAACAAAUAGUUGACUGUUCAUUCACUAACUGUACACUUCUGUAUACAACUGUUCGUUUCACUAUGAAUGUAUAAUUAAAACAAAUGUUAUUUCAA